AUUCGGGGGCAGGUGGAGGAGAUCCGCGGCUGCAUCGAGAAGCUCUCGGAGGACGUGGAGCAGGUGAAGAAGCAGCACAGCGCCAUCCUGGCCGCCCCCAACCCCGAUGAGAAGACCAAGCAGGAGCUGGAGGACCUGACGGCCGACAUCAAGAAGACGGCGAACAAAGUGCGCUCCAAAUUGAAAGCCAUCGAGCAGAGCAUCGAGCAGGAGGAGGGGAUGAACAGCUCCUCGGCCGACCUGCGCAUCCGCAAGACGCAGCACUCGACGCUGUCCCGCAAGUUCGUGGAGGUGAUGACGGAGUACAACGCGACGCAGUCCAAGUACCGGGACCGCUGCAAGGACCGGAUCCAGAGGCAGCUCGAGAUCAGUGAGGGUCACUCAGGGGUCACUCAGGG